AUGCCUGCCAGUGUCUGCGAGCUCGAAUACCUCACUCAGGAGCAAGUCGACCAGUUCCGCAGAGACGGAUACCUGCGUCUGCCGGCAUUCCUCAGUCCGCAGGAGACGGAGGCUCUGCUGACGCGGUCGAAGCAGCUUAUCGAGAACUUCAGCUUGGAGGACCACCCACUCACGAAGUUCACAACAGGAGAGGACAACCAUGUCGGUGACGACUAUUUCCUGAACUCCGGGGACAAGAUUCGCUACUUCCUGGAGGAGGAUGCUGUCACAGAUGGGCAGCUGAACAGGCCCAAGGAGAAGGCGGUGAACAAGAUCGGGCACGGUCUGCACGAGCUCGAUCCCGACUUCCGCAGAGUGACACUCGAGAACGAAACUAUGAAGGCCGUUGUGCGCGACCUCCAGUUCCAUCGUGACCCCGUGGCUUUGCAGUCGAUGGUCAUCUGCAAGCAGCCCCAUAUCGGCGGUGAAGUCGGGGAGCACAACGAUUCGACAUUCCUGUACACCGACCCGCCCUCCGCGCUCGGCUUCUGGAUCGCCCUCGAGAAGUGCACACCCGAGAACGGCGCGCUGUCCUUCCUGCCUGGCUCACACCUCACCGCGCCGAUAACGAAGCGCUUCGUGCGCAAACCCGGUGGCGGCACCGGCUUCGAGACCCUCAUUCCCCCAGAGGAGGCGCCCCCGAAGCCGGAGGGGAGAUACCUUCUCGAGGCGUGCAUCCCAGGCGAUAUGGUCCUGAUCCACGGGAGCAUACUGCACAAGUCGGAGAAGAACCUGAGCCCGCACACGCGCUACGCAUACACGUUCCACAUGAUCGAGUCUCCUCCGUACGCGCGGUACGACGAGAAGAAUUGGCUGCAGCCCACACCGGAGACGCCGUUCCCGCACAUCCUUGACAAGCCCAACCCGACGACUGUCCCGAUUGGUGCUUGA